AUGUUUCCGCUAUCACCGGCCCGUGAUGCCGCUCUCAACAGCUCUCCGAGUCCCCGCCGCUUCGACGACGACUACGAGGUUCGCAAGCACACGGUGUCUUGCACGUCUGCAAACCUUAAUGACGAGGACGGGGAUAACAACGCCAUGUCGUCGCCACUUAUCAGCAACACCAGCGCCAUAACGACGGCCACGCAACGCAGCCAGCAGGAUCACGGCAGCGGGCCAUCCCUGUCGCCCGGUCACCGCCGCCGCCAUAGCCGUGUCAUUUCGGGGACGGAGCUGUCGCCACUCAAGAUUCUCAGCCGCAAGCGCAGCAGCGAGGAGCAGCACCUCGCAGGAGAGGGCAUGGGCCCGCCGCCAGCACGAAAUGCUAGAAAGAUUUCGUCGCCGGAGAAGCGCUUCCCGGUCAAAGUGGGCGGGGACGGAGGUGCGGCGGUGCGUGAGAGGCAGAUUAGCCUAGAGGAGGCGAUGCGGACAAAUGGAGGCGGGCUGCGGCGCGCGAUUGACAUUUUCGAGGACGACGAGGAUAAAAGCCCAAACAGCAGCCACGGAGACGAUGGCGGCUUCAAUCCGGACGAGUCGGGGGUCAGCACGUUUAGCACGUUUUCGGCUGUCCCGACGCUCACGAGCUAUGCCAACUGGCGCGCGCAGCAGAGCCCCGCCAAGCUGGCAGCCCUGUCUGCCGUUUCGUCGUCGCGUUCAAGCACUAGAGAUGAGGGUGGCAACACAACGAAUCUUCUCAUGGACUUUACCGACUCGCUGCGACACCCGCGGCGCUCGCCGGAGAAGAAGCUGCCGUCGUCGAGCACGCUGCCGAAUCUGGCGGCGGCGACGCCCAGUAGAGCCGGCGUCACGACAACGCUCAUCGACUUUGACAUUCCACCGCUGCCGACGCCGCGCAGCGUGCCCACGAUUUCCUCGCGCGAGCUCGAGUCGCUUAAAUCGGGCUUCUUGUCGGAGAUUUCGUCGCUUAAGGCGUCGCUGAGCGGCAAGGAAGCCGAGGUGCGCGCGCUCAAGACGGCGGUGGGCGACGCCGAGACGCGCGUCGGCGAGUCGCUUGAGAAGCUCCGCGAAGAGGCGGCGCUACGGGAGCAGGCGGUGGCGGAGAAAGACGACUGGGCGCGCCGCGGCGGCGAGAUGGAGAGCAUGAUGCGGAAACUCAAGGACGAGCUGCUGCAGGGUCAGCGGGACCGCGAAGAGGCGGAGCGGAGGCUGGAGGAGAGCGAUAAGAGGCGCGAGGCGGCGGAGAUGCUCCACCAAGAGGCCGAGAGCAGGAUUGCCGGUCUGCGUGCGGGCAGGGAGACGGAGGAAGGGAAAAGGGCAUCGUCGUCGUCGUCGUCGUCGCCGCAGCAGACGAAUAAAGAAGUGGAAAUGGCGGUGGAGAGAGUGGCCCGCGAACUACAUAGCCUCUACAAGGGCAAACAUGAGACCAAGGUGAUGGCUUUGAAAAAGUCGUACGAGGCGCGGUGGGAGAAGAAGGUCAAGGAGCUGGAGCGACGCGUGCACGAGCUGCGCGAGGAGAAUGCGAGCCUGAAGACGGCCGACCCGGACGAUACCAUGGCGGUCAUUGCCGCCGCGCAGGCACAUGCGGAAACCGACAAGAAGCAGGCGAGCCGCGACCGCGCGACGAUGAGAGAACUGCACGCUACGGUGCAGCGUCUCGAGGCAGAGGUGCAGUCGGUGCAGGCGGAUAAUGGGAAUUUGAGAGGAUUAUUGGAACAGGAGAGGGUGGAAAAGGGAGAGCUGGUGCAGCUGGCAGAGGAAAUGAUGUCGAUGCAGAGUUUUGUUGGUGUUGGUGGUGGUGGUAUUGGUGGUGGCAGCAAGACGCCUGCGUCACGAAAGGGAAUCCCUGAAUCGGGAUUGACGGCGGGAACAAGGUCGCCGGGGAAAAGACCGACGUCAAUGUAUACAAUGGCAACGUCGUCGUCGUCGUCGACGACGACGACGACGACGACGACGCCGAGGAGGCUGAGCGUGGGUAAAGCGUCGGGUCUGCGUGCACCGGGGUCGGCGUACCGUGGAGGGUCGACGGCGGCGGGAGGAGGGUUGAGGACGAUGCCUGGAAGGAGUGGCAUUUUGAGCGGGAUUGAGAAGAUGGGCAAUCAUCGAGGUCGUGGACAGUGA